CGCCUUUCUUUCUUUCAUUCGGAAAGAAAUCACACAACCCCAGCCAAAAAAACCCUAGCAUUGUAAGCCUACACCACCGCCGCAAGGAGUGGCAUACUGCCGCGUCCGUCGCUCGCAAAGUUCGCCAUCCGUUCGUCUAUCUAGCUUCCCCUGUUUGCUGUCCCCAAUCGCGGCUGCUUCCUCGAGCUCGGUGUCCGUCGUCUUUGUCUGCUCAGCAGCGCUUCCGUCGCCGUUUGUUUGCCGUUCACGUUCGCGUCUUCGUUCAGCUGUCGUCUUUGUUCGCGUUCUUCGCCGUUCACGUUCGCUCGGCGUUUACUGUUCGCGUUCACUCGCCGUUCACCGUUCGAUUUCGCAUUCGUGUUCGUCUGGAAGCCACGUUGCUGUGCUUCAAACUCUGCGAUCAACGCGCUCAACCUAGCCGUCGAACUGCUCUCUUUUGUCGCCGCCUUCUUCUCCUUCAACCGUGUAGUCUCCGCCGCAGCCGGCACCGGAGCAGGCAACUGGCACCGGCACCGUGUUGUCUCCUUCAACCGUUCAACGGCCUCACCUCUUUUUCUCUUCUUCUGCCUUUGGUUUUCUCCUUUCUCGUUUGCCGUCGUCAUCCUUUGGUUUCACUGUCGCCGACUCGCCGUCACAGGUGCGGGCUUCCGGUUCUUUUGCUUUCCAUUCGCCUCUGCUCGUGCUUCUAGCCUCUGGGUCACAGGACCAAAGAGAAUGUGGAGGCUCAAGGUUGCCGACGGUGGAAGCCCAUGGCUUCGGACACUUAACGAUCACAUUGGCCGGCAGAUUUGGGAGUUCGAUCCUAAUCUUGGAUCGCCGGAAGAGCUCGCUCAGAUUGAAGCCUCUCGCAAGAUUUUCCGCGAGAAUCGCUUUGAACACAAGCAUAGCGCUGAUCUCCUCAUGCGCAUUCAGUUUGCAAAAGAGAACCCAAUUAGUGAAGUCUUACCCAAAGUUAGAGUAAAAGAUAUUGAAGAUGUUACUGAAGAGAUUGUGACAAGAACAUUAAAAAGGGCCAUUACUUUCUAUUCAACCCUCCAGAGUGACGAUGGACAUUGGCCUGGAGAUUAUGGAGGUCCCAUGUUUCUUAUGCCUGGCUUGAUAAUUGCACUUUCUGUCACUAGGGGACUGAAUGCAGUGUUAACAGAAGAACAUAAAAAGGAAAUAUGCCGAUAUCUCUAUAAUCAACAGAACAAGGAUGGUGGAUGGGGUUUGCAUAUUGAAGGUCCAAGCACCAUGUUUGGCUCUGUCUUAAAUUAUGUUGUUCUGAGAUUGCUUGGUGAGGGACCUAAUGAUGGAGGAGGGGAUAUGGAGAAAGCACGUAACUGGAUUCAAUCACAUGGUGGUGCUACUUACAUAACAUCAUGGGGGAAAAUGUGGCUUUCAGUGCUCGGGGCACAUGAAUGGUCAGGAAAUAAUCCCAUGCCCCCUGAGAUAUGUCUACUUCCAUACUUGCUCCCAUUUCAUCCAGGAAGGAUGUGGUGUCAUUGCCGGAUGGUCUAUUUGCCCAUGUCCUACUUAUAUGGCAAGAGGUUUGUUGGUCCAAUCACACCAACAGUGUUAUCUUUGAGAAAAGAGCUCUAUAACACACCAUAUCAUGAUAUAGAUUGGGAUAAAGCUCGCAAUUUAUGUGCUAAGGAAGACUUGUACUAUCCUCAUCCAUUCAUUCAGGAUGUUCUUUGGGCCACUCUACACAAGGUCGUUGAGCCCAUUAUGAUGCACUGGCCUGGAAACAAGUUGAGAGAAAGGGCUCUAGCGACUGUAAUGAAACAUAUACACUAUGAAGAUGAGAAUACUCGGUAUAUUUGCAUAGGUCCUGUAAACAAGGUGUUGAAUAUGCUCUGCUGUUGGAUAGAAGAUCCAAAUUCAGAGGCCUUCAAGUUGCAUCUUCCAAGGCUUAAUGAUUAUUUGUGGAUUGCUGAAGAUGGCAUGAAAAUGCAGGGAUACAAUGGAAGUCAACUAUGGGAUGCUGCAUUUGCUGUCCAAGCAAUUAUUUCAUCUAACCUCAUUGAAGAAUAUGGCCAAACUAUUAAAAAAGCUCAUUCGUUUAUUAAGAAAUCACAGGUUUUAGAAGAUUGUCCAGGUGAUCUUAAUUAUUGGUACCGUCACAUUUCCAAAGGUGCUUGGCCUUUUUCAACUAGAGAUCAUGGAUGGCCAAUAUCUGACUGCACAUCUGAAGGACUAAAAGCUGCUCUAUUACUUUCCAAAAUUUCACCAAACAUUGCUGGUGAGCCAAUCGAAGCAGAGAGGCUAUAUGAUGCUGUUAAUGUCGUGCUCUCAUUGCAGAAUAACGAUGGCGGCUUUGCAACAUAUGAACUCACACGAUCAUAUAGAUGGUUGGAGAUAAUAAAUCCAGCGGAAACUUUUGGCGAUAUAGUUAUUGAUUAUUGUUAUGUGGAAUGUACAUCAGCCUCUCUGCAAGCAUUGGCAUCAUUUCGGAAAUUAUAUCCCAUGCAUCGCUCAGAAGAAAUAAGUCGCUGUAUUAAAAAAGCCGCUGCAUAUAUUGAAAGCGUUCAAGCUUUGGAUGGUUCAUGGUAUGGUUCAUGGGGAGUUUGCUUCACCUAUGCCACAUGGUUUGGGAUAAAUGGGUUGAUUGCUGCUGGAAAGAGUUACAGUGAUUCCGCAGCCAUCCGUAAAGCUUGUGAAUUUCUGCUGUCUAAGCAGCUUUCAAAUGGUGGCUGGGGAGAGAGUUAUUUGUCUUGUCAAAACAAGGUGUAUUCAAAUCUUGAAAACAACAGGGCUCAUCUUGUAAACACAUCGUGGGCCUUGCUGGCUCUCAUCGCUGCUGGACAGGCCAAAAGAGAUUCAAAACCAUUGCACCGUGCAGCUGCAUAUCUGAUAAAUUCCCAGAUGGACAACGGUGACUAUCCACAAGAGGAAAUCAUGGGGGUGUUCAACAGAAAUUGCAUGAUCACUUAUGCUGCAUACAGAAACAUAUUCCCUAUCUGGGCAUUGGGCGAAUACCGAUGUAAUGUGUUGCAGGCUUGUUAAUCUUUCUCCAUCUGGAUGUUGUCUGAAUUGUUUCAGUUUUAGAUCUUGUUUCCAUGAUUCUCUUAUUGAAUCAUGACUAAAUUAGUUUGGUAGUGAGCUAAACAAAGAGCUGACUUGCGGAAUAUUGCAAUGUUAAAUAAAUAGAGUAAGAAUUUCGCUAGGGAGACAAUGAGAAAUCUUGACAAUGUGUACAAUGGGUUCUAAAUUUGGCCCAAUAUGAAGAAAAAAUAA